AUGGGUCCCUUCCCUACCUCAUACUCAAACAAGCACAUUCUAGUGGCAGUGGACUAUGUGUCUAAGUGGGUGGAAGCCAUUGUAACCCGAACAAAUGAUAAUAUGAUAGUCAUAAACUUCCUUAGGCAGAACAUCUUCAGUCGCUUUGGAGUUCCCAGAGCCCUCAUUAGUGAUGGAGGAAGUCAUUUUGGCAACAGAUCAUUGGAAGCCCCCCUCAUGAGAUAUGGAGUGAAACAUAGGGUUGCAACACCUUAUCACCCUCAAACAAGUGGGCAGACAGAGGUAUCCAUCAGAGAGCUAAUAAGGAUCCUAGAGAAAACUGUGGGAACUUCAAGAAAGGACCGGUCAAAGAGGUUGGACAACGCUCUUUGGGCAUAUAAGACAGCCUUCAAAACACCUAUUGGGAUGACCCCAUAUCAGCUGGUGUAUGGGAAGUGGAUCAAUGACAAGGAUGGAAGACCUAACCAGCUGAGGAGAAGAGAUUUGAGCCCCCAUGCCAGAGGGUGGCUAGACUUUGUGAGAAGAUCUCUCAACCCAACAUCCAACACUUCUGAGGUGACAUUGGAGAGGGCUAUGCUCAUAUACAACAUCAUGAAGGGAGAAAACGUGAAUGUUGGGAAGAUGAUUACCAACAACAUUAAUAGGUUGCUGAAAAGCACCAAGGAUAGCACAAGGGUUGAGAAGAUCAUUGAUGAGGUGCUAGUGGAUCAAGAAGAGCCCAUAACUACCAAGAAGAUGGCCAAAGUGGUAGCUGUUUACUCACUUCAAAGGGCCAGGGAGCACAUAGCUCAUGCUCAUGUGCCACAAGGGCAGCCACAACAAGAAGAAGAGGUUGAGGAACAACCACAUUACCUAGCACUUCAACCACCACCAUACCAACAAUACCAAUAA